AGGAAGCUUCCUAUCGACAGUGCCGUUUUACCACAGUUUCGUGAAAAGUUCAAGGAAAAGGUCAUCUCCUGCUGCAAGGACAUCAGAGCUAUAGUGUUUCGCUGCCAGCUAUUUGUUAAUGCCUACCUCGUGCAUAAUAAGAAUGCCAUUCCUUCAGAAGUCUUCACACAGCAAUUUUGGUAUUCUGUUGGACAACUCGUUACGGGCAAAAAGGUUACUCACAAGAAGGUGCUGAACGACGACAUCAAAAAUUAUUUUGAUGACUUUAAGGAAAAGCAUCCGACAAUAGUAAUCAGUCAGAGCUUCACUAAAGGUUACAGCCACUGUCUCACAGAAGCCGCCAAGGAGAUAAGCGUUUCGUAUACUAACUCUAUUGUUGAGCUUUUUGAACAACGAGUGCUUAAAUAUCUAACCUAUAAGCUGCAAAACAUGUUUGUUAGCAUGAAGAAGGCCGACGCAGUGGAAAUAUCAAAAGCAUACUGCUACCAAGUAAUUUGCAAAGGCGAACCCAACUGGCCUGAUAGAAUCAUGCUUAGUAAAGAAGACAAAAGCAAGAUAGAGAUGCUAUGCAAAAGCUUUGAGAAACUUAUAACGGAAAAGGUUACGUUGCUUUCUUUAUCAUCCGAUCCCGCCAAGUUUACCAAAGCAUUAUGGCACAUCCUAUCCUCGUAUGAAAAGGAACAUGACGAACAUGCAGCUUACGAUGUCCGUAGAUUACCGCUGCCCAAGCGCUUCUUCCCUUUCCCUCUGCCUUCGCUCCAUUGGCGUUUCAUCACCAUAAGCAUCAACUCGCUCCUCCCAUUCAUGUUUCCCGGUACACCUCCAAAAGGCUAUACAGAUCAACUCGAAAAGUUUUAUCAAGUGUUCAGCUUUAAGAAGAUGGGAUUUGAUACGUAAAAAAAGAAAAAAAAAGUUUGGCAGAAAUGUUGUCAUUGGUAUUUACUGAAUUUCAUUUUUUGUGACAACAGUUUGAAUAACCUCAAGACAAGCCAAGAGACCCUAUUCCGUAAUAUCGUCCGCUCGGAUGGCUUCACUGUCGACUUUAUUUUUAGUAAGAAGAGAAAAUCAAAAGAAGAGAAAACCAUCGAAGAC